UCAAAAACAGAAUUCUACCACAACUACUACAGCCAUAGCUAUGGAGGAGCAAAGAACACGUUGAAGUCACCAAAAACUACAAAUUGGGAAGCGAAACAAGGGGAGAUUGAAGAGAUAAGAGUGCGGAACUUGAUAAUGUUGGCGGGCGGUGGCUCUCGUCUAUCCCAUCGCUUCCUAGAGUGUAGUUAUCAUCAGCAUCAGUACCACUACCUUGGAUUCGAAUUCGGAUUAGGGUUUUGCAGCUCCAAAAUCGUUAAGCUUUCCUCCUCUUUCAUGGUGAAAGCUCCCUCAGUUACGAUUACUGGUGAAAAUCACCACCAUCAUCGAUCACAGCAGAGAAUGGUUUCUUCUUCGAGUUUACAGUCCAAAUCACCCGAAGAUACUCCUAUUCUCUCUGAUUGUUUCAGCCAACGAGAAGAUGAUCAUGAAGUUCCUUCUGAAGGAUUGUCCUCAGUGGCAGGAGGGAUAGUAGCAUUAGGAAAAUUUGAUGCCCUUCACAUUGGUCAUCGAGAACUAGCCAUUCAAGCAUCAAAGGUUGGAGUUCCAUAUCUUCUAUCAUUUGUUGGAAUGGCAGAAGUUCUUGGUUGGGAGCCCAGAGCUCCUAUAGUAGCCAAAUGUGAUAGGAAGCGAGUCCUUUCCUCUUGGGCCCCAUACUGUGGUAAUAACGUAGCCCCAGAGGAGUUCCAAAUUGAAUUUUCUAGUGUUCGACAUCUCACUCCACGGCAAUUUGUUGAGAAGUUGUCAAAGGAGCUUGAAGUAUGUGGUGUCGUGGCAGGUGAAAACUACCGUUUUGGAUACAAAGCUGCUGGCAAUGCAUCAGAACUUGUUAGGCUGUGUGAGGAGUAUGGUAUGGAAGCUUACAUUAUAAAUUCAGUCAUGGACAAAAAUCAAGACCUGAGAAGCAUGAACUUAGGUGAUCUAAAAGAGAGAGGACAAGUCUCAUCUACCCGUGUUCGCCAUGCUCUAGGCAGCGGUGAUAUGAAGUAUGUGUCAGAACUCUUAGGUCGUCCCCAUCGUAUCGUAUUGGCAGCGAAUGACCAUUAUCAAUUUAGGACUUACAGUGAUCAGAGUGUAUUGGCUUCAAAACGUUCUUUAUUAAAUCUACCUCCACGGGAUGGGUUUUAUGAGGACUGUUCUCUUUUAUUAGGUGAUGAGAAGUCAGUACCUUGUAGAGUGUGCAUCUGUGAGACACAUAUUCAUUUAGAAGCGGCUGACAAAGAUAUUUUUUAUAAUUAUAAUAUUCAGGAUGCUCGGUUGUUGGGUAUUGAAUUUGGCUAUAGGAAUUGACUGUGCCUACCUUCAUAUUAGUUUAUUUUGGUAUGUCGGGGAUUAGAAUUUUCAUCAUUGUUUCAUCACAGCAAAAAGAAUAUAUUGCUGCAUGACAGGAAUUUUUGUAUUUAUUUUAGAUAUUACUAUACUUGGAUAUUGUACAUAUAUGAAUGACAGCUCUUUUUAUUAGUUAAUUCAAAAAUAUGAACAUCAUAUUGAUUUGAGAAGGUUU